ACACAUCAUAAUCUUCAGUACUUUUAUGUAACAGCAUCCAUUACGAUUGUAUCUCGGACUCGAAAUCUUGAGAACUCUUCAGAUUGCACUCGUGAUGUUUGGGUAUUUUGAGCAACCUCGCUGGACGGCCGACCAGAUCCCAGAUCUACAUGGUCGAGUAGCCAUUGUGACAGGCGCUAAUAGCGGCAUAGGCUACGUCACUGCAGUGGAACUCGUUCGCCACGGCGCGAAGACCUAUCUGGCUUGUAGAAACGCUUCCAGAGCUAAAACUGCGAUCGAGAAGAUCAAGGCGAUUGUGCCAGGCUCAGACCCUCAGUUUUUACAGUUGGACAUCACGUCACUCAACUCUGCCCAUUCAGCAGCGAAAGAGUUCCUCAAGUUAGAAAAAAGACUCGAUAUCCUGGUUAACAAUGCUGGAAUAGCCUUUACGCCAUAUCAAUUGAGCGAAGAUGGCAUUGAGCGCCAAAUCUGCAAUGCCACCGGUCACUUUGCAUUCACGAUCCCAUUGUUGAACAUACUUGAAAAGACGUCGCAAGAACCUGGUUCGCACGUCCGAGUCGUUAAUGUCUCCAGUAAUGCCCACUUUUGGGUGUGGAGUACCCCAGAUUUCUCAUCGUUGAAAAGUGUGAAUGAGCACUCUUACGGGGUGAUAGACAGGUAUGGUUUAAGCAAGUUAAUGAACAUCUUUUUUACAAAAGAGUUGCAAAAAAGGCUCAGUCACACAAAAAUCAUAUGUACAUCGACGCAUCCUGGCGGAGUAGACACUAAUAUUGUAACAGCCUACUGGUCGGAGCGAUACCCAAUCUUGAAAAUCGUUGAUUGGCUCAAAAGCUGGGUUUUGUUGACGCCGGAGCAGGGAGCCAUCACGUUACUAUACGCUGCCACAGACCCGGAAGUUGAGGCUAAAGAUUUGAGAUUUGCUUAUCUUUGCCCGUAUGCGAAGAUGUCAAGAACCUCCAAGCUUGCCCAAGACCCGGAAGGAAUUCUUGGAAAUCAAUUUUGGAACUUUUGUGAGGCACUCGUCAAAGAGAAGGUGAAGGAACACUAGAUCGCUCAAACCUCUAUCUACAUAAAUUUCGAAGCCCAAAACUUGAAGUUAUCCUGUGGAGGUCUCUUCUCAUUAUGAUCUACACCUGAGCUGUCCAAAAUGUGUGUGCCCUCCGGUCAUUUUUUGAAAGUUUCCUUUUGUUAUCAUUGUUUGUAUGACCAUGCAUCAAGUUCGAAUUAAGAGCACUUUUUUUGGUGUGCUUGACAAUGAGGGCUCAAUCUCAAUUUGUUUAAAAUUCUUUCAAUUCUCUGCGACAAAAUGGAUAAUCAAAGGAGCUUCAUGUCCAUGUUUGCAUGUAUAUACAGAGCGCUUGAAAGCAGAACAUAGAUAUGAUACAUAAGUUCCAUUUAACGAUCAGUUUGUUUUAUGUCUUGUGCAUUCAAACACUC